CCUACCCCCCAGUGUCUCUGACUGUGAGUCCCAGCAGCUCUCAGAUGUUUGAAGGACAGUCUGUCUCUCUGAGCUGUGAGGAGGACGACAGCUCUGCUGGAUGGACUCUGAGGAGGAACACAACCAGAGAAACCAGGACUCAGUGUGGAGGGGGCUGGGGAAGACCUGCUGGUUCCUCCUGUAACAUCAGCUUCAUGUUGUCCCGACACAGUGGGGUGUACUGGUGUGAGUCCAGAGAGGGAGCAACCAGUACCAGCAUCAGCAUCACUGUCCCUGGUGGACCAGUGAUCCUGCAGAGUCCUGUCCUCCCUGUGACGGAGGGACAAGACCUCACUCUGCACUGUAGGACAAAGACGUCCUCCAACCUCCCAGCGUCUUUCUAUAAAGAUGGCUCCUUCAUCAGGACUGGGCCUGCAGGUCACAUGACCAUCCCCCAUGUCUCCAGGUCUGAUGAAGGCCUCUACAGGUGCAGCAUCAGCGGUGUUGGAGAGUCCCCCCCCAGCCGGGUCUCUGUCUCAGUUCUGACGUCACCGCUGAGCUGCACCCCCCCCCCAGCCUCUCUCACUGUGAGUCCCAGCAGAUCUCAGUUCUUCAGCUGGACGGAUGUCUCUCUGAGCUGUGAGGAGGACAGCUCUGCUGGAUGGACUCUGAGGAGGAACACGAGUGAAGAAGAAACAUCUACGUGUGGAGGGGUCUGGGGAAGACCUGCUGGUUCCUCCUGUACCAUCAGCUACAUGGUUCCUUUGGACAGUGGGGUGUACUGGUGUGAGUCCAGAGAGGGAGCAACCAGUACCAGCAUCAACAUCACUGUCACUGGUGGACCAGUGAUCCUGCAGAGUCCUGUCCUCCCUGUGACGGAGGGACAAGACCUCACUCUGCACUGCAGGACAAAGACGUCCUCCAACCUCCCAGCAUCUUUCUAUAAAGAUGGCUCCUUCAUCAGGACUGGGCCUGCAGGUCACAUGACCAUCCCCCAUGUCUCCAGGUCUGAUGAAGGCCUCUACAGGUGCAACAUCAGCGGUGUUGGAGAGUCCCCCCCCAGCCGGGUCUCUGUCUCAGAGAAACCAGAGACCUCAGACCUUCCUCCGAGCUCUCUGCUGUCCCCCAACACAACCCCAGUCCCCCCCCCUGAAACCUCAACUCCCCCCCCUGAAACCUCAGCUUCGCCCCCUCCAACCUCUGCAGCUCCACCCCCGGUCUCAGACCCCGUCCCCCUUGUGUUGAGACUGGUGUGCCACCUGGUGGUCUUCUGUCCAUACUGCAUCUCCACCUUCAUCAUGGUGUCUCUGUAUCGAGACAGGACCACAGGAAAUGACCUGCCCGUCUCCGUGGUGACGACCCCGCCCCCCCAGGCCGCGGAGAGAUUGGACGACGGCUAUGAUGUCACCACGGAGCAUAACUUCUGAACUGAUCUGAAAAUGUAUUUCUGCAUCACUUUACAGCAACCAGCAGGCGUCUAAAGGGCUUCACAGCAGAAACAAAGAGUAGGAACACACAUCAUCCAAUAGAAAGAGAGAACGAAGACAACCGUCCAAUCAGAAAAGGUUGCCUAGCAACAGGAGAAAGAAGUUAAGUUAGUCCCACCACUGCUAUGUAUGAAAAGCCAGACUCAACAGAACAGGUUUUGAGUUUGGACCUAAAAAUGUCUACAUCUGUAAUAGUGUGAAUAUCGGGGGGGGGGGGGGGUAACUUGUUUCAGAGUCUCGGGCCAGAUUCCCCUCCCCCCCCGACCCGUUUAUACCUGGACCUUGGGACUUCUAAAACUUGCUGAUUUGAGCAACACAACGAUCGGUUGUGCUCCCGCAAACUUAAAAUCUCAGACAAAUCCUCCGGGGCCGAACAA